AUGUCCCUCAUCAGCAAAUUUGAAACGUCCCGAGACACCAAAACUCACAUUUCUAACGUGACCAAACCUGUCCCGUCCCACGUCACCAAACCUGACUUGUUCCACGUCACUAAAAAUGUUCUGUUCCACGUCAACAAACCUGACCUGUCCCACGUCACCAAAUCUGUUCCACUUCACCAAAUUUGUAGCAAACCUGACCUGACCCACGACACCAUACCUGACCUGUCCCACGUCACCAAACCUGACCUGUCCAACGUCACCAAACCUUACCUGUCCCACGUUACCAAAGCACUUCUGUCCCACGUCACCAAACCUGACUUGUCCCACGUCACCAAACCUAACCUGUCCCACACUAGCAAACCUGACCUGACCCACGUUACCAAACCUGACCUGUCCCACGUCACCAAACCUUACCUGUCCCACGUUACCAAAGCACUUCUGUCCCACGUCACCAAACCUGACUUGCCCUACGUCACAAAACCUGACCUGUCCCACAGUAGCAAACCUGAUCUGUCCUACGUCACCAAACCUGACCUGUCCCACGUCACCAAAUCUGACCUGUAUCAUGUCACCAAACCUGAUCUGUCCCACGUCAACAAACCUGACCUGUCUCAUGUCACCAAAUCUAAAUUGUCCCACGUCACCAAAUCUGACCUGUCCCACGUCACCAAACCUGACCUGUCCCACGUCACCAAACUUGACCUGUCCCACGUCACCAAACUUGACCUGUCCCACGUCACCAAAUCUGUUCCACUUCACCAAACUUGGCCUGCCCACUUCGACAAACCUGACCUGUCCCACGUCACCAAACCUGACCUGUCCCACGUCACCAAACCUCAUCUGUCCCACGUCACCAAACCUGACCUGUCCCACGUCAACAAACCUGACCUGUCUCAUGUCACCAAAUCUGACCUGUCCCACGUCACCAAAUCUGACCUGUCCGACGUCACCAAACCUGAACUGUCCCCCGUCAUCAAACCUGACCUGUCCCAUGUCACCAAAUCUGUUCCACUUCACCAAACUUGGCCUGUCCACUUCACCAAACCUGACUGUUCCACGUCACCCUAUCUGACCUGUCUCAUGUCACCAAACCUGACGUGCCCUACGUCACCAAACCUGACCUGUCCCACGUCACAAAACCUGACCUGUUCCACGUUACCAAACCUGAUCUGUCCCACGUCACCAAACCUGACUUGUCCCACGUCACCAAACCCGACUGUUAAGUCCUUUAAGAUGGCCUUGGCCCACAUCAUGACUGGUCAGUGA